AUGUCUUCUGAAAUUCCUACUGAUGGGACAGGCGUUAUCGGGCUAGACCCGUGGCUGGAGCCCCAUCGCGACGUACUGAAGCACAGGUACCAAGUCGUCGAGAAAUGGGCUAAGGAUAUCAAUGAGAAUGAGGGAGGACUGGACAAGUUUAGCAAGGGCUACGAAACCUUCGGUCUCCAUGCGCAACCUAGCGGCGAGGUUAAAUACCGGGAAUGGGCGCCCAACGCGAGGGAGGCUUCGUUAGUCGGUGAUUUCAACAACUGGGACCCUACCGCGAACCCCAUGACGAGAGACGGCUUUGGAGUCUGGGAUGUAACGGUUCCGGCAAAGGACGGCGCUGUCGCCAUUCCCCACGACAGCAAAAUCAAGAUCACAAUGGUCCUUCCCAGCGGAGAGCGCAUCUACCGACUUCCCGCUUGGAUCAAGCGCGUGGUCCAAGAUCUCAAAGUCUCACCUGCAUACGACGCUGUCUUCUGGAACCCGCCCGCGGAAGACGUUUACAAAUUCCAGCACCAGCGGCCGAAGAAGCCCGCCAGUCUGCGCAUCUACGAAGCGCACGUUGGUAUCUCAUCUCCAGAGACCAAAGUCGCCACAUACAAGGAGUUCACUAAGAACAUGCUGCCCCGCAUCAAGUAUCUGGGAUACAAUGCGAUUCAGCUGAUGGCUAUCAUGGAGCAUGCGUACUACGCAAGCUUCGGCUACCAGGUCAACAACUUCUUCGCGGCGAGCAGCCGUUACGGAUCCCCGGAGGAUCUGAAGGAGCUUGUUGACACUGCUCACAGCCUAGGAUUGGUUGUUCUGCUUGAUGUGGUUCACAGUCACGCUUCCAAGAACGUCAUUGAUGGUAUCAAUGAGUUCGAUGGAACAGACCACCUCUACUUCCACGGAGGCGCCAAGGGUCGCCAUGAGCUUUGGGACAGCCGUCUGUUCAAUUAUGGAAACCACGAGGUGCUGCGUUUCCUCUUGAGUAACCUUCGUUUCUGGAUGGAGGAGUAUAAGUUCGAUGGAUACCGCUUCGAUGGUGUCACCAGUAUGCUUUACACACACCACGGUAUCGGAACUGGUUUCUCCGGUGGCUACCACGAGUACUUUGGACCAUCUGUCGACGAGGAGGGUGUUACAUACCUUACCCUUGCUAACGAGAUGCUGCACGAGCUCUACCCCGAUGUGAUCACAGUCGCCGAGGACGUCUCCGGUAUGCCUGCGCUGUGCCUACCCCAUGCACUUGGUGGUGUCGGCUUCGAUUACCGUCUAGCCAUGGCCGUCCCAGACAUGUACAUCAAGCUUCUGAAAGAAAGCCAAGACAGCGACUGGGACAUGGGCAGUCUAUCCUUCACUCUUGUCAACCGCCGACACGGCGAGAAGACCAUUGCCUACGCUGAGAGCCACGAUCAAGCUCUGGUCGGCGACAAGACCCUUAUGAUGUGGCUCUGCGACAAGGAGAUGUACACUCACAUGUCCACACUGACCGAAUUCACACCCGUCAUCGAGCGCGGCAUGGCCCUGCACAAGAUGAUCCGCCUAGUAACCCACGGCCUAGGCGGCGAAGGCUACCUCAACUUCGAAGGCAACGAAUUCGGACACCCCGAGUGGCUCGACUUCCCCCGCGAAGGCAACGGAAAUUCCUUCUGGUACGCCCGUCGCCAGCUCAACCUCACAGAUGACCCCCUGCUGCGCUACAAGUUCCUCAACGAGUUCGAUCGCGGCAUGCAGCUCACAGAAGAGAAGUACGGCUGGUUGUCUUCGCCGCAGGCAUACAUCAGUUUGAAGAACGAGUCCGACAAGGUCCUUGUCUUUGAGCGGGCGGGUCUGCUUUGGAUCUUCAACUUCAACCCCACGCAGAGCUUCACGGAUUACCGUGUUGGUGUUGAUGUUGCGGGUACUUAUCGUAUUGUUCUUGAUACUGAUGAUACUGCAUUCGGUGGACUCGGGAGAAAUGUGAAGGAGACUCGCUUCUUUACUACUGAUCUUGAGUGGAAUGGAAGGGCAAACUUCGUGCAGGUCUACAUUCCCACGAGGACUGCGUUGGUCCUGGCUUUGGAAAACACCCUGUGA